UCUCGCAUUCCUUCAGUCGGUGGGCGUCCAAUAUGGAAGGAUUGGCAGGACAUGAACCGGUUAAAGGUUCCCCACACCUUCCAGGUUCAUACCUAUACACGUCCUACCAUCUGCCAGCACUGUAGACGACUUUUGAAAGGAUUGUUCAGACAGGGCAUGCAGUGCAAAGAUUGCAGAUUUAACUGUCACAGGCGGUGUGUGUGCCAGAUGUGCCUGAUGAAUGUCUCGGAGAAGUGUCAAAUACUGAUGGAGAAGAUGGGGAAAGCUUUAAUCAAGAAGCUGAAGAUGAGGUUGAGAAUG